CAGCCAAUGCGGGGUCUACUCUUAUAUUAUGUCUAUGGGGGGUAGAGGCGAUCGAACGAACGAAAGAUGGGGGUGAAGGGGAGGAAAUAGACCAGGGGACAGACAAACGUUAAGUCCGAGUGGGAAAGACGAACGAACAAACCUAAUGUGGGAGGGACACGACUGGUUAGACCAGGAGCGAACGUAGGAACGGGGGGAGCAAUACGGAAUAUUUACGGCAACUUCGUUCGUCACACACUCAAAUUCAUCUACCAGCCAUGUACCGCCACGAUGCGCUCCGCCACCCGUUUGUUGAGACCGGGAUGACAUUAAAUUUAUUGUGCGGUUCGUCCGUAAAGCUACACUUACACUGUAGGCAUUAACUACUCAGCCGCCCGCCGUGUUCAGUCUAUCCGCUCACCUGUAUAAAUACUCCUCAACGCUCUUCCCGCCGUGCGCUUUGAACCAGCAGCUGAGGGAAGAGAAAGGCUGCCGUGCUCCAGGCAUCGCUCCCAUCAUUUUAAGGAUGCUUGUUGGUCCCCCAAAAACGAUGAAAACCCAGGUACUAUCAUCAAUCAAUAAAAUCCCCACGAGCCAAACUUGAAGAUUGGAUGUCAUGCCGCUAACACUUGGCUUUAGUCAACAACUCAGAGGCGGAAGUCAGAGAUACGCGCAACGCAAAUAAUGUUCCUGCUGGAAAACUGUGCGCUAACUAAUAAAACAUAAAUUAACAAACCUUCGAGGCAGGUAAAUUUUCGUCGAGGAAUUUUAAUAAUCGAGGUACACGAAUUACUCAAGGAAUCGUUUCAGCCCUAAGAAGUUGUACAACUAAGUUACGUUUUAUUUUAUUAGUUGUUAAUAUUACCAGAAUGUUUCAGUAUUGUUGAAAUUGACAUUAAAUAGCCAUGUCAAAAUGUUGUUGACUGGAACUUAGUACUGCUGACGAUCUCCACUGCUCAGUUGUUAAUGAGGAGUGGUGAGUGGUUCGGUCGAGACCUUCUGAAGUCGACAAUAAUCUCUUUUGUCUUGUCAAGGUUCAGGAACAGGUUCUUUAUUCUGCACCAGUCUACAAGAUGUUGCACCUCUUUUCUGCAGUUCACUUCAUUGUUGUCCUGAAUUAGUCCCACAAUUGUUGUGUCGUCUGGAUAUUUCAUGAUGUGGUUGGUGUUAAACCUGGGACGACAGUCGUGGGUCAUCAGGGUAAACAGCAGGGGGCUCAGGACACAGCCAUGGUGGGAACCAGUGUUUAAAGAAAUGACAUUGGAGGUGUUAUUACCCACACGGACAGACUGAGUUCUGUCAGUGAGGAAGUCCAGCAGCCAAGUUGCACAGUGGAGUUUUGAGGCCCAGACAGACCAGUUUGCAUACCAGAUCUUGGGAAAUGAUUGUAUUAAAUGCUGAGCUGAAGUCCAAAAAUAGCAUCUGUAUCCAGGUGUAUCAGGCUCAGAUGAAGAGCAGUGGAGCGGUUAGGUUUGUAUGCAAGCUGGAAUGGGUCAAAUGAUGGAGGCAGUAUAGAUUAUGUGAUCCUUAACCACCCUCUCGGAGCACUUCAUGAUGAUAGAUGUUAAUGCAACAGGUCUAAAGUCAUUAAGACGCAUGAUGGUUGGUUUCUUGGGCACUGGAAUAAUAAUAGCUAACUUAAAACAUGAGGGGACAAUGGUCUGGUACGGUGACAUAUUGAAGACGUCCUUGAGCGCAUAGGCUAGCAGGUCUGCACAUUCUUUGAUCAGCCUUGCUGGAAUGUUGUCAGCUGUCAGCUCUAAAAGUUGUUAGCCCCUCCAGGCUGAUGGCAUUAUGAGGUACUGAUGAGUUUAGCCAUGUCUCACAGAAAAUGAGAAUGCAGCAGUUUCUUGUUUCCCUUUUGGUGAUUAAAUCCAGCUUCAGGUAGUCCAGUUUGCUUUCAAGGGAUCAUACAUUAGCAAGCAAGAUGGAGGAAAGCGACAAAUUGAAAGGGUUAGCUUUUAGCGUAGCUGUUAGCCCUCUGCGACACCCUGGCUUUUGUUUUCUGUCACGUCUUCUCCAGUAUCUCCAUGGGCCUGGGCUGUUGGAAGAUUCUGCUGCUGUGAAGUUAGCUUGAUUCAACAGACGUAACUGAUCUGACGUAGCAGUCCAAGGCUUUUUAACCUCUUUUCACCUUUGAUAUUUUGACAACUUUUUUUUUCUGACAUGAACUCUUUUUAAUGAAAGCUGUUUUUUUCACACCCUCUCACACUUUUAGGGUAUAUUUGUAUGUGUAUGGAAUGUAUUUGGAACUAAGAAGAAUGUAUUCUUUUACCAGACUGAAACUCUUUUCCAAUGAUAAGAAUCCCACUGCCAGAUGGAGUUUUCAUUUAAAACUGUUGACGUUCCUGCUCUUUGUGACAAUCAUCGGUGUGUUUUUAAAGUCUAUUAACUGCGAAUGGCGCUGGUUUCAAGAUCAAAGUCAGCAUGACGGUCAGCAUGACGGUCAGCUUGACGGUCAACAUGACGGACAGCACGACAGUCAGCGUGAUGGUCAGCACGACGGUCAGCGUGAUAGUCAGCGUGAUAGUCAGCGUGAUGGUCAGCACGACGGUCCUCGCGAUGGUCAGAGCGGUAGUCAGCAUGAUCAUGCUGAUAAAAGUCAGCAAAACCUGGAUUUUUCUGUGGGUACUGGCUUGUGUCGUCAUCAUCAGAACAGUUCUGUCACGCCAUUUUUGUCUGCCAAGACCAAACUCUCAGAGGAUGCUUUCAAAUGGUUUAAGCAUAUACAGAAGGAACAAGGCAACUUCAGUUAUUUUGAAGAAACGAUGAAUAAGCUUUUUGAGAUAUUCCCACCCAUUCCCGAUCUUGGAAAACCGAAGUUUAACGUGUGCUCGACUUGUGCGGUGGUGGGAAAUUCUCUUAAUCUGAAAGGUUCAAAGUACGGACCUCUUAUAGAUUCCAAAGACGUAAUUAUAAGAAUGAACUUUGCCCCAAUCAAAGGCUUUGAAGAAGAUGUUGGCACCAAAACAACGCAUCAUGUCAUGUAUCCGGAGAGUGCAGUUGACUUGGACAACAGUACUCAUCUUGUGCUGAUUCCAUUUAAGAUACUCGAUCUUGAGUGGCUCAUCAGCGCCUUUACAACAGGAUUUCAUGGAAAAUCCUAUGCACCAAUAAAAUCCAGAAUUCAAGCCAACAAAGAUUUGGUGAUUGUGAUCAAUCCAGCUUUUAUGAAGGACGUCCAUCAAAAUUGGCUAAAAAACAAAGGAAGUUAUCCUUCCACUGGUUUUAUGACUGUGGUUCUUGCAUUUCACAUUUGUGAUGAGAUUAGUUUAUUUGGAUAUGGGGCAGACCGCAAAGGACGAUGGAGCCAUUACUUUGAAACACUAAAAAACAAAAACUUCAAAACAGGACAACAUCCUGGAAAACAGGAAUAUGACAUACUACAAAAGCUGAAUUUUGAAAAAGUAGUGAAACUUUACCCUGGGGUGUGAAUUCUUCUCCUGAAACAGACCUGAUCAGGUCUGUUUUGUAGACAUCAAUCCUCUGACACCUCGCUGUCACCUUGUGAACUGUGACUUAUUACAUUUUGUGAGCAAUUUUGUUACCCAGAAUUUAGAUCAUGCAUCAUGACAGCCACCCAACUGUUACACGCACUUGAGUUGCACAUACAUAUUUACGUUUGAUCUCAGAACUAGGCAGAAUUUUUUUCUACUUUUAUGAAUGUGCCAAAGAAUCAUGGAAAGAUCAAAAUGUAAAUGACAAAUAACAAGGUGAACAGAAAAAGCACUUCUUAAUCACUGAAAGCCGAAAUGUUGAAGAACAAAGUUAAAUAAAAACAAUGUUUAAGAAAAAA